AUGGAGGCUGGAGAAGAGCCCCAGGCCGCAGACAUUGGCCUCCCAGAGCCAGAGGCAGCAGCGCCCAAGCCCGAGGCCAAGGAAGAACCCAAGCCCCUGAGCCCUUCCAGUCCAGAAGCUAAUCCCCUGCCCCCACCACCGACACCGCACCCCACUUCCCCUGGAGACCCCAAGGAGACGGAGGCGCAGGAGCCAGAGACGAGUCUGGAGGAGGAGACCAGCAGCUCCUGGAGUGGGCCAGACGAGCUGGAGCAGGUCCUGCAGGAUGGGCAGAAGUGCGUGCGGGCUCGACGCAGCCUUGCUGAGGGCCUGUUGUGGGGCCCAUUCCGCGGGAGCAUCCAGAACAGAGCCUCAUCUCCUGGGCAGACAGAACCGAGCCUGGCCCUGACCCUGCUGCUGGAGGAUGAGGCCUGCUGGCUGAGGACACUGCCCCAGGCCCUGACGGAGGCUGAGGCCAAUGUGGAGAUCCACAGGAAGGAUGGAGCACUUUGGUGCAGGCUCACCAAGCCAGUGCCAGCAGGCGGACUGCUGAGCGUAUUUCUCGUAGCGGAGCCCCACAGCACCCCCAGCCACCCUGUGAAGAAGGAACCAACAGAGCCCGAGUGCCUGGCUCCCUCACACACUGACAUCCAGCUUCUGCCCCAGCAAGCCGGUAUGGCAUCCAUCCUGGCCACAGCGGUCAUCAACAAAGAUGUCUUCCCCUGCAAGGACUGCGGCAUCUGGUACCGCAGUGAGCGGAACCUGCAAGCUCACCUCCUGUACUACUGCGCCAGCCGCCAGAGUGCCAGCUCCCCUGCCACGGCCGCCGCUGACGAGAAGCCCAAGGAGCCAUACCCCAACGAGCGUGUCUGCCCCUUUCCCCAGUGCCGCAAAAGCUGCCCCAGUGCCAGCUCCCUGGAGAUCCACAUGCGCAGCCACAGCGGCGAGCGCCCCUUCGUGUGUCUCAUCUGCCUGUCGGCCUUCACCACCAAGGCCAACUGCGAGCGGCACCUCAAGGUGCACACAGACACACAGAGCGGUGUCUGCCACAGCUGUGGCUUCAUCUCCACCACAAGGGACAUCCUCUACAGCCACCUGGUGACCAACCACAUGGUCUGCCAGCCGGGCUCUAAGGCUGAGAUCUACUCGCCAGGGGUCGGGCACCCCUCAGCCAAGCUCCCCCCAGGUCUGGCCCAGGCAGGUCCUGCUCCAGCCCUGAAGUGUGGCCCUUGGGGUCUCCCUGCAGACAGUCUGGCCGGCUUCCAGCAGCACACUGCCCUGCACGGCCCCCUGGCUUCCUCUGACCUGGGCCUGGGGUCCGCCCCAUCACCAGGACUGGACAGGAAAGCCCUGGCCGAGGCCACCAAUGGAGAGGCCGGCACAGCCUCCCAGAAUGGGGGCAGCAGCGAGCCCCCAGUGGCUCCCAGGAGCAUCAAGGUGGAGGCGCCGGAGGAUCAGGAGGUGGAGCUAGGGCCCCCAGCCCCUACCUCCCGGACGCCCUCACCACCCAGCUCCGCGCCCGCGCGGGUCAAGGCUGAGCCGCCCAGCCCCACGCCCGGCUCCAGCCCUGGCCCCGGCGCGCUCUUCCUGCCACAGUUCCCCGCCGCGCCCCCAGCCUCCGAGAUCCUGGCCAAGAUGUCCGAGCUGGUGCACAGCCGGCUGCAGCUUGGAAGCGGAAACGGGCCGGACCCGUCCGAUGGCCCCAUCGACUUGAGCAAAAAGCCUCGGCGCCAGGCCCCCGCCACUCCGUUGCCCAGCCCCACGCCCGUGCUCCCCGCGCUGGCCGACUACCACGAGUGCACAGCCUGCCGCGUGAGCUUCCACAGCCUCGAGGCCUACCUGGCGCACAAGAAGUUCUCGUGCCCCGCCGCGCCGCGCCGCCCGCGCGCCCCCGAGGAUCCCGCCGUCGUGUGCCCCUACUGCCCCCUGAACGGCCUGGUUCGUGGGGACCUCGUUGAGCACUUGCGCCUGGCCCACGGAAGGCUGCUGGGCAAGCCCCUGACUGGCCCGGGCCAGGGCGCAGAGGCUCGGACUCCCUCACCCGCCGCCCCCCGCGAUGGCCUUAACGGCCAGGAACCACCCACUGUCCCUCCUGACAGCAGUCCCAGGCCCGGCCCACCCUCAGCCCCGCCAACACCUCCUUCCCACUCGGACAAGGGCGUCCAGACCCCCAGCAAGGGUACACCGACCUCCCUGCCCAACGGCAACCACAGGUUCUGCCGCCUGUGCAACAUCAAGUUCAGCAGCCUAUCCACCUUCAUAGCCCACAAGAAGUAUUACUGUUCCUCGCACGCCUCCGAGCACGUGAAGUGACCGGUGUCCACACUACAAACUGGAAACCGCUUCACACGCCCCGCUGCUCCCCAGGAGCCAGGGCCAGCCAGC